CCAAACUGUACAUUCAUAGCACACCCAUCUUCUUAGUUUCGGCAGAAAGAACGCAGAAUGGAGAAGAUUUCAGGGACAGCCGGUCAGGUCAUAAGAUGCAAAGCUGCUGUUGCUUGGGAAGCUGGGAAGCCAUUGGUGAUUGAGGAGGUAGAGGUGGCACCUCCAGAAGCCAUGGAAGUCCGUGUGAAGAUACUGUACACUUCUCUUUGCCACUCGGAUGUAUACUUCUGGGAAGCUAAGGAUCAGUUACCGAUUUUUCCGAGAAUCUUUGGCCAUGAAGCAGGAGGGAUUGUAGAAAGUGUUGGGAAGGGUGUGACAGAUCUUGCACCGGGAGAUCUAGUUCUUCCAAUCUUCACAGGUGAGUGCGGGGAGUGUCCUGAUUGCAAAUCAGAGGAAAGCAACUUAUGCAGCCUUCUAAGAGUAAACCCUAACAGGGAAGUUAUGAUCAGUGAUGGGAAGUCCAGAUUCUCUAUCAAUGGAAAGACCAUCUUCCAUUUUCUAGGCUCCACUUUUAGUCAAUACACCGUUGUCCCUUCUGGUUGUGUUGCCAAGGUCAAUCCCUUAGCUCCCUUGGAUAAGGUUUUUAUUCUUGGCUGUGGCAUUUCAACAGGUCUUGGUGCUGCCCUUAACGUUGCAAAACCAUUUAAGGGUUCUACAGUGGCUAUUUUUGGAUUGGGAACUAUAGGCCUUGCUGCAGCCGAAGGGGCUCGAAUGGCCGGGGCAUCAAGGAUUAUUGGCAUUGAUUUAAUUUCUAAGAAGUUUGAUCUUGCAAAGAAGUUCGGUGUCAACGAGUUCAUUAAUCCAAAAGAUUAUGACAAACCUGUUCACGAGGUACUUAUUGAAAUGACUGAUGGAGGAGUCGAUAGAAGCAUUGAAUGCACUGGUAAUGUGGAUGCCAUGGCUUCUGCUUUCGAAUGUGUUCGCAGUGGUUGGGGUGUUGCUGUCUUGGUUGGUUUACCCCCAAAAAAUGCAGAGUUAAAGGUCAACCCUGCACAUUUCAUGAUGAAUUCAAAGGCUCUCAAGGGUACUACGUUUGGGAACUACAAGCCUCGUUCUGAUAUACCCAUACUUGUUCAGAAAUACAUGAACAAGGAACUGGAAUUGGAGAAGUUCAUAACCCAUGAUGUGCAAUUCUCUGAGAUCAAUAAGGCUUUUGAAUACAUGCACCAAGGUGAAAGUCUUCGCUGCAUUAUCCGUAUGGACGAUUAAGAGCAAAUUUGACGACAUGGUUGAAUCUAAGUGCUUUUUUGAUUGGGUUCAUAUAAGAAAAUAAGCAUUUAUCAUCUUAAAUCAUAUUCUAGUUUGCAUUGAUUGUAAGUAGAUGGGAAGGUGUGAUGCGUCAAUAAUGUCUUUACUGGUCUCUCCGAGGCUCUGAAAUUUGCUAAAUCGCCGAGGCUCUCGCAAACUUCUUAAA